AUGCUGCUCGAACGGACAAGUCUGAGCAAGCAACGAACAGCAGCACGAACCCCAUCCGAAGUCCUCGAGGCCAAACAGGAUGCUGACGCCCAACGUCCGUUGACUUGCAUGUUUUAUUUCUUUGCGUCCCAAAUGAAGCGCAACAUGCAGCCUGCCGACCAAGAUCUGGUUCGAAGAGGGCGGCUAGAGGACAAGCCAACUCAUCAGCUGGAUUCCAUGAUUGCAAGACUGGGCAUGCAUGCGGCCUUUUCUCCUUUGAUCUCCAAAUUCGACACGUACCCGGUCGAGAUUGCUGACACCGCCCCAGAAUCCUCGCACCAGAAGAAUCCAGCAGCUUCUCGAGAGGAUGUCCAUGAUACAGUAAUGAUCAUGAAGUUUCGGGACAAACGGGCCCGUCAAGAAUGGAUUGCCACCAAGGAAUGGCAGGAGUUUAUGCGGGAGACAGAGGGUCAGCAGGUUUUCAGGAGAAUGCCUCAUGUUCGUUGUGCCAGUAGCAUCAGGGGGUUGAUGGAUCCAAUGGACAUUUUGACUGCUUGA